AUGUCGUGGUUGCAACUGUUGUUGCUGCUCCACGGUCUCAGCCUGUGGGUCGUUGAGGCACGCUGGACAGUGCGUCCCAGGCGAACCACUAGCACCACAAGCACAACAGCACAACCCGACCGACAUCAACAUGUGCAUCAUUGGCCUCCAUUGAUAGCUCCAAAGGCGCCAGCUCAGUCAACUCAGCCACCGACUCCGUCUUCGACUCCGACUCCGCCUCCAAAUCCUGACUCAUUCGACUCCAUUCGCUUGAUUGAAGACUUCGAUCAACGUUCGCCGGAUGGACAGCAUGAAUACAGAUAUCAGCUGAGCAAUGGAGACACGCGAUAUGAGCGCACUUUUUGGAUGCCCGUGGGCAAGAAUUGGGUGCUGGCCCGUCGCGGCUACUACUCGGUGCCUUUGCCCAAUGCACAAUAUUCGACAGUGUUCUAUAGGGCGGAUCAUCAUGGUUACCAUGUGGAUACGCACACAUUAUCCGGAGAGCAGCCGUUGUUGCCCCGCACUCUGGAGGUGCCCCACGACAUGUUGCCAGUUACGAAGUCAACGCCAACAGCUAAGCGAAAUUCAAUAAGCGUGCUAGAGCGUAACGAGGAUGCUCAGAUGGCCGUGGGCAACGCAACCCAAACCCGGACUCGAACCCGAGCCCAAACCCAAACCCGAACCCGAAGCCAAAGUCCUACCGAUGCCAAAGUUCAGGCUGAAGUCCAGAUCCAGCAGCAGCAAAAUAGGCAAAGCCAGAAACUGAAACAGAACAAAACCAAGCCAUCAACUGUGGCCAAAGUCGACGACAUUUUGGCAACUGAAGUUGGAAUAGCAGCACUUGAUGUUGCUGAUGAUGAUGAUGAUGAUGUUGUUGCUGAUGAUGGUGAUAUGACUGAAAGCCAGCAGAGUACAAGGAUGUGAAUGUGGAUGUGUGGAUGGAUACUUGGUCGUAAUCAUGGUCGGUAAAGUGACAUCAAAUAGCUGCACGUGUGACUGGCAAAAUGCUCCUGUUCCAACUGCUCCUUCUCCUGUUUCUGUUCCUGUUCCUGCUCCCACUUCUGCCAUUGCCACUGUCCCAGCCAGUGGCUUUCCACAUCACUCUGCUCAACUGCCAGGCUUCAGUUGCUCCAAAUCAAAUUGAAACAAUUGCCGCAUCCCCACUUGCAAUUGAGCACAGCUGAGUUAGCCUGUCGAAAAGCAUUUUGUCUGAGCUGCGUUGGUAACACAAUUUACCACAGACCACCAAGAACUGACAGCUCCAAGGACCAGGAACCAAGCCAAGUCAUCGACACCACAUCAUUAUAUCAUCAUCACUGUUCAUGAUCAUAUUGCCAUCAUACUUCAAAUUCAAUUUCAGUAAACAAAUUCAAUACAAAUAAUGUCAAAUAUAUCCAUAAAUACGAGAAUUUCGUAAAAUAAAAAAAUUUCUUUAAUUCUGUAGCAUA